GAAUUUUUUCUGCAAUGCGAUCUCCCCAGCAGUUGAGCCGAACCUGAUCUCGAUUUUGGUACACAGAUUUCGUACUCACUUAUUUCAAAAUACCUUCAUUGUUGCCGUCGUCCAAUGCUUCAUUAUCUUGUCAAUUAAUAGUCAAUAAGGGUUAAAGCAUGACGGACCUUACCACGGUAGAAAAGAGUCUUCAGGAUCAGACCAACAUCCUACCCUUCAAAAAGCGUCUUGUGGUCUCCGUGACUCUGGCAGUCACCAUGUUAGUAACAUUUAUCGAUCAAAAUGGAAUUAGCGUCACAUUACCUACCAUUGCCGCCGACCUCAACGCGGAGGACACCAUCUCGUGGGCGGGUACCUCGUCUCUCGUUGCAAACACGAUGUUCCAGAUGCUCUACGGGCGCUUUUCCGACAUCUUUGGGCGUAAAGCCAUCUUCUUGAGUGCCAUUGCGCUCCUGUCCCUCGCCGAUCUACUAUGCGGACUUUCGCAAAGUGCGACCAUGUUCUACAUCUUCCGCGGCAUCGCAGGCAUCGGCGGAGGCGGCAUAACGAAUCUUGCCAUGAUCAUUCUCUCGGACAUCGUCACUCUUGAGCAACGUGGAAAUUACCAGGGUAUCACUGGGUCAAUGGUCGGGUUGGGCAGUGCCAUUGGCCCUUUCCUUGCAGCCGCCUUUGUUGAGAAGACGACAUGGAGAGCCUUUUUUUGGAUGCUUUCACCAAUGGGGCUCAUAGUCGGAAUCAUCGCAUACUACUUGUUGCCAUUUAAGCCGUCGGAAGAGGACUUUAUGAAGGGCGUCAAGAAAAUCGACUAUGCUGGUUCUCUCACCUCCUCGGCUGGGGUCGUUUUAUUGCUGAUUCCCAUCUCUGGAGGUGGUGCAUAUUUCCCAUGGAACUCGGCAACGGUAAUUAGUAUGCUUACAAUCGGCGCCAUUUUCAUGGCUGCUUUCGUGUUCGUCGAGUGGAAGUUUGCAAGGCUCCCGAUGAUGCCAGUGUCAAUUUUCAAGAAUAAAGUAGUUGCUGUUCUACUGAUACAGUGCUUUUUACUUGGUGCAGUGUAUCAAUCAUAUCUGUACUACAUCCCGCUCUACCUCCAGAACGCCCAUCAGUAUUCAGCCCUUCAAUCUGCUGCGAUUACUGUUUCAUUGAUGUCAACACAGACGGUAUUAUCGGUUCUCUCUGGCCAGUAUAUUUCUAGAGUCAAACGCUAUGGAGAGGUCAUUUGGGCCGGGUUCGGUCUAUGGACAUUAGGUGCAGGACUGACUUUAAUAUAUGAUUCAGACACCAAACCAGGAAUCAUUGUUAUUCCGUUAAUCAUUAUCGGGAUGGGAGUUGGUCUUAUCUUCCAGCCAACUCUUGUGGCUCUUCAAGCCCAUUCUUUGAGGUCCCGACGAGCAGUAAUCACUUCUAACCGGAACUUCUUCCGAUGCGCAGGUGGUGCAUGCGGCCUCGCUGUAUCUGCAGCAGUACUACAAGCGACGCUGCGGGCGCAUCUCCCACCAGAGUUUAAAUACUUGUCAAACAGUAGCUAUUCGAUACCCAAACUUAACGAGCAGGACAUGGCCGUGGUUCUGGAUUCUUAUAUGGCAGCAAGCCGGGCCGUCUUCAUUUUACAAAUACCGUUGAUCGGUCUAUGUCUGAUCGGCUGCCUGUUUGUUAAGGAUCAAGGUUUGCACCCGAUCGAUGAUAUAGAGCCCACAGAUAGUACCACUGAGAGUCGAGAUGAAGAAGGAGGGGUUUCACGCGAGAAGAGUACUCGUAAUAACGACGGUAGUAUUGGUGAGCAGAUGAUGGCGUCUUCUGCCAGAGCUCAGUGAGAAUGGGAAUCAAUACUGGUUCAUGGUUCAUGAUCUUGAUGAUAUAAAGAGAGCAAGAGAAAGUUCCAAGACAAAUAUCUCGUGUGACGAAUCGAAUGUCUGCAAAGUGGAGUAGAAAAGUAAUUGGGUCUCGAUAUCAGUCUACAAGGCGGAAAGACAGUUAGAUAUACAAGUUUCUUAGACGCCUCGAGUCGUGC